GGGCUUCUCCUCUGUGUUACACGGCAAAGAAAAGGAGGUGGAAAGAAAAAAAAUGUCAUUAGAAGAGGCGUAACACGUCAGUCCCUACCCAGGUUUGUUUCCUGGAGUGGGUGUAAGACAUCAGUUGUAAACCUGCCCUAGCAGGAAUAGCGGUCCCUCCCUCCUCCCAACUAUUUCUAAGGCUUUAUUUCUAAGGCUUUAUUAUCACCGGUGGAAAAGGAUCCGCUCACCGACGCGCUCCGGUAUCAUCCCUCCUCUCCUCGCAAAACUCCUAUUCACAAGACAACCUCUUUACACGUCCUAAAAAACAGAUAUCAAGCUGAAAUCAAGGAAUCGAGUCCAUGCGAGCUGCCAUCUGAUCCCACACACACUUAUCAAUGAAGCAAGAGAUCAUGGCGGAUGGCCCCAGGUGUAAGAGGCGAAAACAAGCCAACCCGAGACGGAAAAACGCAGCUCUCAACUAUGAGAACGUGGUGGAGACGGGCUCGGAGACGGAGGAGGAGGACAAGCUGCCGGUGUCCGAGGAAGACCCCCUGAUCAACGGCACCGGCAGCCCGGCCAGCCUCACCAACCCGGAGGCCUCGCCGCACGCCGAGAGCCACGGCUUGCUCACCAAGGACGAGGAGGACGACGAGAUGCGGGACAGCGGCGUCGAGCACAUCUGGCCCGACAACGACAUGCUGAGCGCCUCGGUCGAUGGUACUGAUGAAAUAAAAGAUGAUUUUGACACCCUGGGGCCUGAUGCCACUUUGCAGGCAGUUGGAAACGGUACAGUCAAGAGCGUCGAUUGCACUUCAGAGUUGGAGGACUUCUUUGCCAAGCGGAAGCUGGACGACGGCGACAGCCACGUGGUGAGCAUCGCCGAGUACCUGCAGCGCGGCGACACCGCUAUCAUCUACCCAGAAGCCCCGGAGGAGCUGUCCCGCCUGGGAACGCCGGAGGCCACCGGACCGGAGGAGAACGACCUGCCACCUGGAACGCCAGAUGCCUUCGCCCAACUGUUGACCUGCCCCUACUGCGACCGGGGCUACAAGCGUUUGACAUCGCUGAAGGAGCACAUCAAGUACCGCCAUGAGAAGAACGAGGAGAACUUCGCCUGCCCCCUGUGCAACUACACGUUUGCUUACCGCACUCAGCUUGAGCGGCAUAUGGCCACACACAAGCCUGCGAGGGAUCAGCACCAACUGCUCAACCAAGCGGCCGGCAACCGCAAGUUCAAAUGCACCGAGUGUGGCAAGGCCUUCAAAUACAAGCACCAUCUGAAGGAACACCUCCGGAUUCAUAGCGGUGAGAAACCGUAUGAGUGCCCCAACUGCAAGAAGCGUUUCUCCCACUCGGGCUCCUACAGCUCCCACAUAAGCAGCAAAAAGUGCAUUGGCCUGAUUGCGGUCAAUGGCAGGAUGCGCACCAACAUGAAGACGGGCUCCUCCCCCACCUCUGCCUCCGCCUCACCCACCAAUACUGCCAUCACUCAGCUGCGGCAGAAACUCGAGAACGGCAAGCCGCUCGGCCUGGCCGACCACAACAACCACCUGAACAUCAAGACGGAGCCGCUGGACUUCAACGACUACAAGCUGAUGAUGGCGUCUCACGGAUUCGGCGCUCCUGGACCGUUCAUGAAUGGAGUGGGAGGGAACAGCCCACUGGGGGUCCACCACAACUCCACGGCCCAGAGCCCCUUGCAGCACCUGGGGAUGGCCGGGCUUGAGUCACAUCUCCUGGGCUACCCGGGUCAUCUGGGGAACAACCUGAGCGAGGUGCAGAAGGUUCUCCAGAUCGUGGACAACACUGUGUGCAGGCAGAAAAUGGACUGCAAGCCAGAGGAGCUCUCCAAGCUCAAGGCCUACAUGAAGGAGCUUGGAUCCCAGGUUGAGGAGCAAAAACAGGCGCUGACAUCGGCAGGGGGGGCUCAGGUUGGUCUUCCACUCGUCAAUCACAACGGCGCCACCAAAAGCAUCAUCGACUACACGUUAGAAAAAGUGAACGAAGCCAAAGCCUGCCUCCAGAGCUUGACGACAGACUCAAAGAGACAGAUUAGCAAUAUCAAACGAGAGAAAUCCAACCACAUGCUUGAAGGAGGUGUGGAUGAGAAGGUGCAGGAAAACAACAUGUUUACACCUUACGCUUGCCAAUACUGCAAAGAAACCUUCCCCGGGCCAAUACCUUUGCAUCAACAUGAACGCUACCUGUGUAAAAUGAAUGAGGAGAUCAAAGCCGUGCUGCAGCCCAGUGAGAAUCUGAUGCCCAACAAACCAGGGAUAUUCAUGGAGAAGAACACCCACUUACCCUCCUCCAUGUUGUCUGACAAGGGACUCACUGGGCCCAUUAACCCCUACAGGGACCACAUGUCUGUGUUGAAGGCAUAUUUCGCCAUGAACAUGGAGCCCAACUCGGAGGAGCUGCUCAAGAUUUCCAUAGCAGUUGGCCUUCCUCAGGAAUUUGUCAAGGAGUGGUUCGAGCAGCGGAAGAUGUACGAGUACGGCACUACCAGAACCCCACCACUAGAGCACAGGAACAACACGGAUAUGGUUGUCGGAACAAAUAACCACCACACUCCACCAAAAGACUCUUUGGCAGCUAGGUCACCUGUGUCUCUAAUCAAACCUACUGACCGCAUCACAUCCCCCUCCAUAGCAGAGCUCCAUAACAACGUUAACAACUGUGACAACUCGCUGAGACAUUUGAAAAACCACCAGUUCAGCGGCAACGCCAAACACACAGGUGAAAAGUUGGACCACUCCCGCAGCAACACCCCCUCCCCGCUGAAUCUGUCCUCCACAUCUUCCAAAAACUCUCACAGCAGCUCCUACACUCCAAACAGCUUGACUUCAGAAGACCUGCAGGCUGAGCCGCUGGACCUGUCUCUGCCGAGACUCAUGAAGGAACCCAAGCAUGCACUGACUGUCAAAAGCAGACCUAAAGUCAACAGCAUUACCAUUGACCAUAACAGCAUCCCUUCUCCCCGAGAGCACUUCGAAGAGCCUUUGAACUUGGUCUAUCUCAAGAAGGAUUUCUCAGGCUCGACCAACAACGGAAACCUAGAAAAAAGCACUAGCCCCAUCUUCGGCAUUAACCCCUUCGCUGCCAAACCCCUGUACACGUCACUUCCACCUCAGAGCGCUUUCCCACCUGCCACAUUCAUGCCCCCGAUGCAGGCCAGCAUACCAGGUCUUAGGCCCUACCCGGGCAUGGAUCAAAUGGGCUUCCUACCACACAUGGCCUACACUUACGCAGCAGGGGCAGCUACCUUUGCCGAGAUGCAGCAGAGGAGAAAGUACCAGCGGAAACCAGGUUUCCAGGGGGACCUGCUCGACGGUACACCAGAUUACAUGUCAGGGCUGGACGACAUGACAGACCCCGACUCCUGUCUGUCGCGGAAGAAGAUUAAGAAGACCGAAAGUGGUAUGUACGCGUGUGACUUGUGCGACAAAACAUUCCAGAAGAGCAGUUCCCUUCUAAGACACAAAUAUGAACACACAGGCAAGAGGCCGCACCAGUGCCAGAUCUGCAAGAAGGCCUUCAAACACAAACACCAUCUCAUCGAGCACUCCAGGCUGCACUCGGGCGAGAAACCCUACCAGUGCGACAAGUGCGGGAAGAGGUUCUCCCACUCGGGCUCCUACUCGCAGCACAUGAACCACCGCUACUCCUACUGCAAGCGGGAGGCGGAGGAGCGGGAGGCGGCCGAGAGGGAGGCCCGCGAGAAGGGCCACCUGGAGCCCACCGAGCUGCUCAUGAGCCGGGCGUACUUGCAGGGCAUGACUCCUCAGGGCUACCCAGAGCUGGCAGAGCGCGAGGCCAUCCUGAGGCACGACGCCGUGAACGGAGGGAUCAGAGAGGGACGGAAGGAAGUGGACGGAACGUACGCAAAGAUUGGACGGAGGGAUGACGAGUUCGAGGAGGAGGAGGAGGAGAGCAAGAGCAUGGACACGGACCCGGACACGUUGAGGGACGAGGAGGAGAACGGAGAGCACUCGAUGGACGAUAGCUCGCUGGACGGCAAAACGGAAACCAAAUCGGAUCACGAGGACGCGAUGGAGGAUGGCAUGUAAUCAGCGGCGACAUUUUUCAGAAGCUUCCCAUCUUAAAAAAAAUUUCUUUUUUAAAAAAAAAUUUUCUCUCUUUUUUUGUUUUUUUUUUUCGGUUCAGUAUUCUUACCUGCUCGGUUUAAAACGCCGUGUUUUAAGCUGUACAUGCACGUGCCUGAAGCUUCCGGGAAGCUUUUCUUUGACAAGACUCCUCGGGCGGGAAGUAGGGGGAACGAUGUCUGCCGAACAAGACACGGACUCAAAAAUCAAUCCGGAGGAGGUGUUGAGGGAAGGGAGGCAUGGGUUUGUGAAAUAAGCUGCAUUAUGCAAACCGAACAAUGAAUAAAUGAAUACAUUUCAAAAAAUGUACAGUACUAAGGCCUAAAAAUAUGUGUGGUGCUAACCUCCUCAGAUAAACCCCCUGUGUUCCAUAGUAUUUAUAGCACAACUAGUGACUUGUACAAAUUGCACUCCGCUUCUAUAAUCAUGAACAAAAAUAAUAAAAAGUAUUGCCUAUGUAUAUAUUUAUACAGUGUUGGAAAAAGAGCAGUAGUAUCUGCACUACAGUCCUUCGAUAUUACCUUUGUUAUCACCUACCUACCUACAGUGUCGUCUUUAGUUUCGCCACAAACAUCUCCAGCCACACUGUUUUAGGCCUCUUGAAUCAAAUGAAGGAAUUCAAAUAAGACUUUGUGAAGGAGCUGUUUUUUUUUUCUCGUUGAUUUUUUUUUCUUAAGAGGAGAAGAAGUUUUAAAGAGACCUUCAUUUUAAGGGAAAAUACAGUUUAUGGACAGAUGGGGGACAAAAAAAAGAAAAAAAAAAUGAAGGACGAAGCCUUUGUAAGGUGUUUUUUGAUAAGAAAAAAGAAGCCUUAUAUGCAAACCUUUUAACCUGUGUGUUUUCUGCAAGUGCCACCCUCGUAUUGUGUAAAAGGAAGGUUACUUUUUUUCACCAGCUUCAGUAUUAUGAAAUGGUUCACCGUUGUUCUUUGAAGCACCCGUGUCAGUAUUAAGACUUAUAGGCAGCAGUUCCUUAGUUUACAUUAUGUUGUGCAAUGUUUUCUCAGUUCUUUUCUUUAAACUUUGUCAGUAUUACACCAAACCAUUUUUUUGAAAACAACAAAAAUUGCAUUCAUUUAUUUGUAGGUUGAAAAAAAAAAACAUUAUUUAUGUGGCCCAUUUUAUAUUUCCUAAUUUUAUUUAUUUCAUACUGUUGUGUACAGUACUAUAGUUCUUCAAUAUAUAGAUAUAUUUUAGUAAAAAGGAACAUGGUGUCGAUCAUAGGGGCAAAUUUUACGUAAAGAGAGCAUUUAUUGUGUUUUGAAACAUUGUGAAAUGCGAAGUUUAAUCUUAUUUUAUUUUAUUUCCUUUUAUUUUCCAGUUACUGGAAAAUUCCAAAUUUGGGAACUUUUAUACAAUUGUGAAAACACUGUAUUUUCGACUGAAAAAUUCCACUUUCUUCAUCUUUGUUUCUUUUUUUAAGCUAAAAAAAAUGAAGAGGGACUGUUAAAUACUAUGUAUGAUAUCAUGACUGAAGAAGAAUCUUUCCUGAAAUGUCUUUGUAAAAGUAUUAUUGAAUUCUUAAUUUGUAAUUUCUCUUGAAAAUGACCCUGCUCGAAUAAAAGUAGCCAAAUUACAGAGUACCAAA